AUGGAGGAGAAACGAUUCAAGUGCGAGGCUUGUAAUAGAGGUUUUAUGACAUCUGCAAUGCUCCUGAUACACCAGAGGAUUCACACUGGGGAGAAACCCUUCAGGUGUGAUGUUUGUGAGAAGGCUUUCACCCAAUCCUCCCAUCUUCUGUCGCACCAGUUGAGUCACACAGGUGAGAAACCAUUCACGUGCGAGUUCUGUGACAAAUCAUUCUCGAACUCAUUGGCCUUCCGCAGACACCAAUGCAUUCACACAGGAGAGAAACCAUUUAAAUGUGUGGUGUGUGACAAAUCAUUUUUGCAGUCCUUGACCCUCCUCAUGCACCAAUGCACUCACAAAAGGGAGAAAGCAUUCACAUACAAGGUGUGUAUCAAAUCAUUCUCGGAUUUAUUGACCCUCCGCAGACACCAACUCAUUCACACAGUGAAACCAUUCAUGUGCAAAGUGUGCCUCAAAUCGUUCCCGGAUUUAGCGAUCUUCCACAAACACGAGCGCAUUCACAAAGGGCAGAAACCGUUCAUCUGUGAGGUUUGUGACAAAUCAUUCUUGCUGGCAGCGAACAUCCGUAGACUAUGCAUUCACACAGGGGAAAAACCAUUCAGGUGCAAGGUGUGUGAGAAAUCAUUCUCGGAUUUAUCAAUCCUCCACAGAUACCAGCGCAUUCACACCAGGGAGAAACCAUUCAUGUGCCAUGUGUGCGACAAAUCAUUCUCGAGGUCAUCGAACUUCCUGUUCCAUCAGAGGAGCCACACUGGCAAGUAA